GCCGCCGGGCCAUGGAGGGGAAGAGCCUCAGCCUCGGCGUCCUGAGCUUCGGCGUCCUGCUCCUGGCCGCCGGCUCGGGGCGUGCGGAGCCGCUGCCGAGCUGCGAAGGCGUCCGGAAAGUUUUCCAGGUGCGGCAGCUCGGCCCCCUCAGAGGCAUGCCGGAGUCCCCGCGGGCAGGGGUUAAUCUCCAGGUUUGUAGUUCCAAAAAUCCAACAUGCUGUACCAAAAAGAUGGAAGAAAGAUAUCGGUCUGCAGCAAAGCAAGAUAUACAGCAAGUGCUUCAAACAUCAAGUGCUAUGUUAAAAUUUUUAAUAUCUCAUAAUGCAGCUGCUUUUCAAGAAACCUUUGAAGUGCUUAUCAGACUGGCCAAGAAUUACACAAGCACGCUUUUCUGCAAUGCAUAUAGAAACAUGGCUGCUGAGGCUACUACACAUGUUCAGGAGUUUUUCACAGAUGUUGGACUCUUCAUAUUUGGCACAGACGUUAGCACAGCAGAAUUUGUCAACAGAUUUUUUGAUACCCUGUUCCCAGUAGUCUACAACUACGUGAUUAACCCUGGUCUGACUGACAUUUCACUGGAAUAUGCGGAGUGCCUCCGAAUUGCGAGAAGAGACAUCAGGCCCUUUGGUAAUGUUCCCAAAAAGGCCAUAGGACAAAUGGGAAGAUCACUGUUAUCCAGCCGGACUUUCUUGCAGGCUCUGAAUUUGGGGGUUGAAGUGAUCAAUACAACAGAUCAUCUGCAUUUCUCUAAAGACUGCAGCAGAGCUUUACUGAGGAUGCAGUACUGCCCCCAUUGCCAAGGGCUGACUUUAAGUAAGCCCUGUAUGGGCUACUGCCUCAACGUCAUCCGAGGCUGCUUAGCUAAUGUGGCAGAAAUUGAUCUUCAUUGGCGGGGAUAUAUUCAGUCCCUGGAGGAGCUCUCAAGUGCUAUGAGUGGGACAUACGACAUCGAGCACGUGCUUCUGAACUUUCAUACACUCGUCAAUGAUGCUCUCGUUCAGGCUCGUACCAGUGGGCCAGCGUUGUCUGAGCAGGUGAACAAGGUAUGCGGUCCUCCUGUAAGGAAGGCUACACAGUCUCCGGGUUGCUCCUUUGAUCAGGACAAAGAUAUUCAAGGGUUGAAGAUGUUCUCAAGAGACAGUAAAGAAACCCUCACCAACAGAAGAAAAGAAUUUAUCAGCCACCUCCGGCUCUACAGGGCCUUUUACGGCGGCCUGGCUGAUCAGCUGUGCAGUAAUGAGUUGGCAGCUGCCGAUGGGCUCCCAUGUUGGAAUGGAGAAGACAUUGUAAGAAGCUAUACUCAUCGUGUGGUUGGCAGUGGAAUCAAAGCUCAGUCUGCAAAUCCAGAAGUAAAAGUGAAGGGAACAGAUCCUGUAAUAAGUCAAAUUAUUGACAAGCUGAAACAUAUUAUUCAGCUGCUACAGGACAAAUCAUUUCAUAAAUAUGAUAAAUGGGAUCUCCAAGAAACAGGCAGUGGUGGAGGUGUAGAUGAACAAAUCAGUGGAGAUUGUGAUGAUGAAGAUGGCUGUGGAGGAUCAGGAAGUGGAGAAGUCAAAAGAGUCCUGAAAAUUACAGACUGUAAGUCCAUGAUUCUAUUUCCUUCAUGUGUUUAA